AUUCCCAAGUUUAACGCUUCACUUUCUGAAAAGCUAACCAGACAAGGACGUUUGUCUGGCAUCCUUCCCUUUCUUCUUAUCCAACCCAAAAUCAUAGAGAAAGUGCAAGAAAAACUCCAUCAAUGGUGGCUGGUAAGGUCAGAUUAGCAAUGGGUUUGCAAAAAUCAUCUGCAACACAAAAGCAUGAAACUCCAUCAAAACCCCCAUUGUCAUCUUCAAGCUCAGCUAACAACAAAACCAACACUUGCCAGAAGACAGGUUUCUCACGUUCUUUCGGCGUUUACUUCCCUCGAUCCUCAGCCCAAGUCCAGCCUCGUCCACCUGAUAUCACCGAGCUUCUCCGGUUGGUCGAAGAGUUAAGGGAACGAGAGUCCAGGCUCAAAACAGAGCUUCUGGAGCACGAGCUUCUGAAAGAAUCGGUGGCCAUUGUUCCCGUGCUGGAGAACGAGAUCGUCGUCAAAAACGCAGAGCUGGAACGAGCUUUGGAAGAGGUGGAGAGGCUGAGGAACAGAAAUGAGUUGUUGAAAACAGAGGUGGAGCUGAUGAAGGGAGAGGUUGAAGAAGAAAGGGUGGAGAGGGAGAAGACAGUGAGGGAAAUGGAGGAACAGAUAGCGGAGUUGAAGAAAACGGUGGCGUCUUGCUCUGAUCGUAAUUGUAAGGCGGAGAUUACGGCGGAGAGCGAGCAGUUUCAAGGGUUAGUGGAAGUUAGUGCCAAGUCGAAUCUGAUUAAGAAUUUGAAAAGAACUAGUAAUCACAAUAAAUGUGCCAACUCCAUUGUUUUUAGUCUUUUGAAUAAUGAGAAAGCUGAGAGCUUGGAGUUCAAAAGAAAUGAACUCGAAACAGAGAGACCCAGUAACUCGGACGAACUCGUUGAGUCGACUAGUGUUAACAUCAGAUCUCGUGUUCCUAGAGUUCCAAAACCACCUCCAAGACCUUCGGCUUCGUCAUCUUCAACAUCAUCCAUGUCACCCUGUAGCUCUGAUUCCCCAGAGAAGCAAGCUUCUCCACCGCCUCAUCCGGCACAGGUGGCAGCAGUCAAGCAAGUUGCACCUCCUCCCCCGCCGCUUCCGCCUAUAAAGGCAAUGGCGCCGCCACCUCCACCGCCGCCCGCGAAGGGGAUGAAAACAACAGCGACAAAAGUGAGGAGAGUUCCGGAGGUUGUGGAGUUCUAUCACUCGCUUAUGCGUAGGGACUCAAAAAAAGAGGGCGGUGGUUGUUGCGUGCAGGAGGCUUUACCGGCAACCGCCAAUUCAAGAGACAUGAUCGGUGAGAUCGAGAACCGGUCUGCUUACUUGCUGGCGAUAAAGUCAGAUGUGGAAACACAAGGAGAAUUCAUAAGGUUUCUGAUCAAAGAAGUUGAGAAUGCUGCAUUUACAGAUAUCGAGGAUGUUGUUCCUUUUGUUCAAUGGCUGGACGAUGAGCUCUCCUACUUGGUGGAUGAAAGGGCGGUGUUAAAACAUUUUGAUUGGCCGGAGCAGAAGGCCGAUGCGUUGCGGGAGGCUGCGUUUGGGUAUCGUGAUCUGAAGAAGCUAGAAUCCGAGGCCUCAUCGUUUCGUGAUAGUCCCCGCCAACCUUGCGCUCCGGCUCUCAAGAAAAUGCAGGCUCUACUCGAAAAGCUAGAGCAUGGGGUUUACAACCUCUCCCGAGUGAGAGAAUCCGCUGCAAACAGAUUCAAAGGAUUCCAUAUCCCUAUGGAUUGGAUGCGUGAAACUGGAAUUGUGUGUCAGAUCAAGCUAGCGUCGGUGAAACUAGCGAUGAAGUACAUGAGACGAGUGUCUGCAGAGCUGGAAGCUGUUGAGGGUGGACCCGAGGAAAAGGAGCUGAUUGUUCAAGGUGUUAGAUUUGCAUUCCGUGUACAUCAGUUCGCCGGAGGAUUCGAUGUCGAAACGAUGAAGGCUUUCCAGGAGCUGAGAGACACGGCCAGAUCGUGCCAUGUUCAAUGCCAAAACCAGCAGCAGAAAUAUAUCUGCAGCUCUACAUCUUGCUAAAAUUUGAUCUCUGAUAGCAGUCUCAGCUUCAGAAUCCCGAAACCCCAAUCCCAGUUUUCGUUGUAAAGAGAAAAAAAAUGAUAACAUCCAUGUUUGUGAAUACAAUGCCAGCUGCUACAUUUAUCAACAAAUUCGAUUUAUUCA